AUGGACUACAGUGAGGAAGUAGAAGAUAUUAAGGUCAUCAAAGGUUGGCAAGCCCAUGUCAAAGCUGGAAACCCCUAUAGGAUUUGCAAGGGCAAAUUUGAAAUUCUUUAUCUGGCCCAAUAUUUCUUAGAUUCUUUCUAUAGACAAGCAGGAGACAAUGAUGUCCUAUACUCUUCUCAAAAUAUUUCUGGAGCAUUUAUUAGGAAGCUGAUUAGAAAACUUGCUGGUGCUCCAAAGAAUGGCAAAGAUUUGUGCAGCCUCAUAUUUAGUGUAUUCAUGGUGCUUCCACUUCUACUGACUGGUGCAUUGUAUAAAGAAAUCAAGUUUUCUAGGAGUGAAAAAGUAGGAGCAAAUAAUGACUCACUUGAUAGUGCUAUGAAUGCAUAUGCUCAUCAUGUUGUUGUUAAUUCAGAGCAUGAGAUUGUCAUAUCUGAUAUUCAAGGAAUUAUUAAACCUGAUCAAACUAUUGUCUUCUUUGAUCCAUAG